AGGGGCAGAGGACGAGUGAGGGCUGCCAGAACAAUCGGUAGAAACUACUUGAAGACCUUCCCAUCACAAACUCUCAUCCCCGGCGCCCUUAGCCCUCCAGGCCCGUGGCGCCAGGGUGUUGAUGUCGCUUUCGCCGCUCUGCCAAGUCACAGGCGCUGCUAAGCCACGAGCGCUGCUUGGGAAGCGCGUUACCGUGGAGACAGGCGCAAGAGGCGGGCAGGUCCCGGCAAAGGCGGAAAUCGGUUGCGGAAGUUUGGGCGGCCAUUUUGAAACCGGGCAGGAGGGGCGGGCCGCGACGGUUGACCGGUUUCAACUAAGCGACUGGUUCGAGUCACGUUGCACGCUGCCCCGCGAUGUACCCUGUUGGCCCUGCGUGGCCGAGAUUCCGAAUUCUGCGGGCGCUGUGGGCACUACUGGCGGUACUAUUGGCAUCGUGGAGGCUGUGGGCGUUCCAGGAUAUCCAGGAGUGCACCUGGCAGGUUGUCCUGAACAAGUUCGAGACAGUAGGCAAGAAUGGCAUGAGCGACCGUUUCUUCCAUCAACAGCCCGUGGCGACACUGGACAGUGUGUUCAGCCCGCUGGUGGAUGCACCCACCGACCAGGGCGAGAAAUACCUGAGCUUCCCAUACUACCUGAAGAUCAACUACUCCUGCAAUGGAGAGUCCUCCGAGGCCCAGGUCCGCAAGGGCCACCUGACGGGGCUGAAGCCCGUGGUGCUGGUGACCUUCCAGUCCCCAGUCAAUUUCCAUCACUGGAAGAUAGAACACCUGCAGAUCCAGAUGGAGGCAGCUCCCUUCCGCAGCAAAGGUUUCAGGUGAACAUCAACGGCUUCCUGCAGAGACAGCAGGACAACACCCUCCACUUCACUGUGGGAAAUGAGAUCUUCGAUCUCAUACCCCGGUACUUCAUGAACGUCCCGUCGAGGCCCCUGUGGUACACUGUGGACCAGGCACCGGUGCUCAUCCUGGGGGGCAUCCCUGAAGAGAAGUCCGUCCUGCUGACUGACACCAGCUUCAAGGACUCCUUUCUUGUGGAGUUGAACAUUGACAGUUGCUGGGUAGGCUCCUUCUACUGCCCUCAGGCCAUUUUUACGGCUACCAUCUAUGACGCCAUUGCCACCGAAAGCACUCUCUUCAUCCGGCAGAACCAGCUGGUCUACUAUUUUACAGGCACCUACCUUACCCUCCAUGAAAGCAACCACGGCAGUGGGAGCUGGGUUCGUGUCCUGGCCAACGAGUGCAUCAAGAGCCUGUGCCCAGUGCAUUUCCAUAGCAAUGGCUCAGAGUACAUCAUGGCCCUCACCUCUGGCAAGCGGGAAGGCUAUGUUCACUUUGGGACCAUCACAGAUGGCCACGUGUCCUUCCAGGUGCUGCCCAAGCAUCGGUCUGUGUGCGAAGGGAUACAAGUUUUCAACUGCUCCAUAACCUGGGCUGUAUUCAUUGCUGGUGACUACAUUCUCCUGAUGCUGGUGGAGAUCCAAGACCCCACCACCAGAAGUUAUUUCCAGGUGGUCAGCUAUGACUUGGUCAGUGAUAACCUGGUGAUCCUCUACACCAUCCCGGAGUUCAUCCCUGAUGCUCGAGGCCUGGAGUUUCUGAUGAUCCUAGGAACAGAGUCUUACACCAACUUCACGAUGGUACCCAAGGGCAUGUUCUACAACCCGUAUAACAACCUGCUAUUCAUCUGGGGCAACUUCCUCCUGCAGAGCUACAACAAUGAAGACUUCAUCUACCUGGCGGAUUUCCCCAAGGAUCAGUCCAUUAAGUACCUGGUCAACUCGUUCCAUGGAGAAACAGCUAUUGUCACAGAGACGGAGGAGAUCUGGUACCUCCUGGAGGGCAGCUACCGGAUGUACAGGCUAUUCCCAUCCAAAGCCUGGGAGGUGCAUGUCAGCCUACAGGUGAUGCAACAGUCCUCUUUCUACACCCGCAUUGAGACCAUGGUCACCCUCUUCUACGAAGACCACCAACUGUACCAGCUGGUGUAUCUCAUGAAUGGUGGGCAGGGCCGGCUUGUCAAGAGGCUUGUGCCGGUGGAGCAGCUCCUGAUGUACCAGCAGCCGGGCAAUCACUACCUCUUGGAGCGACGGGGGAACCACCUGACGCUGUCCUUCACCGACUUCUGUCCCUUCACCGUGAUGCACUUGCGCGACCUGCCCGACCCGCAGAUCUACACUCGCCAGGAGCGCUACCGGGCACACCCGCCCCGCGUGCUGGAGCCCUCGGGCUUCCACGACCAGAACUCGCUCGCUGUCUACCAGGGCCUCGUCUACUACCUGCUUUUUCUGCACUCCAAGUACCACAAGCCUUACGCGGACCCGGUGCACGACUCCACCUGGCGCUGGUGGAAGAACAAGAAAGUGGACCAGGAUUACUACUUCUAUCUGGCUAGCAACUUGCAGAGCACGAGUAACGUGUACAUUGACAUGGCCAGCUACGAAAAGAUCUACGACCUCAAGGCCGAGCACGAGCUGCCCGAGCGCAUCUACCUGGACAAGGGCACCAGCUACGGCUUCUCCAUCUUCGUGACGGUCCGCGGACACUCGUUAGAGUUCCAGCCGGAGCGCGUGCUCACCACCUUAGAGCUGCGCAGCAAAGUGGAUCUGGGCGUGGUGCUGGCCGAUGCGGACUGCAUCGAGGUGGUGGUAAACCAGAAGGUCCUCAUUAAUCGCAACUCGGUGCUUUUCUGGGUUACGAUCCAUGAUAAAAGGUCUUGCUUUGAUCAGGGCCUUAGUGGACAUCACCUCAUGAAGACCUCCGUGUUGGUCAAGGUGGUGGGCGCGGUCGGGCACUGCUUCCAGAACACACAUCGGGGACUCCACAUGCAAGGCAACUUGAUGAUUCCAUUGCUCAUUGGCUGUCCCCCAGGCAAGCGCCUGGCUUUCGACAUCACCUACACGGUGGAGUACAACCGCCUGCAGAACAAACACUACUUUGACUGCGUGCACGUUGACCCCGAGAUGCCCUGCUUCCUCUUCCGUGAUACCUUCUACCCUUUCUUCUUGAUCCAAGACUUGGUGACAGGAGAUUCGGGCAGUUUUCAGGGCAGCUACGUGUUCAAGGUGGUAGGCGGUGGGCCCACGAUGGACACUGUCAUUGAAUACAGCGAGGAGGAGAUUUACCGCUUCAACAGCCCCUUGGACAAAACUAACAGCCUCAUCUGGACCACCAAGAACACAACGACCACGAAGGAUUUGGCCUUCAACAUCAUGACCCACCAGAGUUUGGGCAUCGAGUGGCUGUGUCUGGAGAACUCCCCCUGCCAUGACACCAUUCCCCACAGCAUCUUCGCCCCCGAGUUCUUCUUUAAGGUGUUGGUGAGCAACAGAGGUGUGGACAAGAGCACAUACUGUGACCACCAGCUCAUCUUCCUGUUGCAUAUCCAUGGCCUCCCACUCAGUGCCAAUCGGGCCCUCUUCAUCCUCAUGGUGUCAUUCAUUGUGUUUAUCGGCCUGGUGACCCUCUACAUCAUCUUUUGCCUCCUGCUGACCCCAAUGGUGAAGGCCUGCAACAUCCUCCGCUGGAAGAUCAACAACAUCAUCACAUCAGAGUCCUACUACACCUAUAAGUCCUCUUCUAGAAUCUUCAGUGGGACAUCUGGGACCAAAUCCAGGGCCAGCUCCAGCAUCAGCUCCAGCGUCAGCUCCAAAGUGGUGGAGGGGAACCAGGAGGUCCCUGAGGAACCCUCGGAGAAGCAGUAUAUUACCUGAGCCCCUUGCCUGCCUCAACCCCGACCUGUGCGCUCCCCUCACUUCCUGGACCAUAUUGGAAAUCCAAUUAUCACCCAUCCCAGGCUUUUUUGGUUUUGUUUUGUUUCGAUUUUCACUUCUCCUUCAGACCUAAAUCCUCAUAUCAGAACCAGCUGUGGGCCCUUGUAAGGGCUCAUGUUCAGUUAGUUUGUACCACACAGCCCUAUAGGUCAUUAAAAUCAAAAUCCUUCUGUGCCAUCUGGUAAA